AUGAGUAGGGCUCGAGGUCGCCGUGGAACUCGAGGUUGCCGUGGAACUCGAGGUGCAGCUCAGUUCUCUGGGGUUGCUGGGCAGGUAUAUGCUGGUACUGAUGAGCAGAGGUUGAUAUCUUUUAGAAAACACAAGCCGCCAGCAUUUCAGGGGUCAAGGGACCCGAAGGUAGUGAUUACCUGGCUGAUGAGGAUGGAGAAAAUAUUUCAGGUUAUGAGAUGCCAAGAUCUCCAAAGACUACUUUAUUCUGUUUAUAUGCUUGAGGGGGAUGCCUACGAUUGGUGGUACAAUGCAUCUCGCCCGUUUACUAUUCAAGGGGAAGAAUUAACUUGGGCUUUAUUUGAAAGACUAUUUCAUGAAGAGUAUUUUCUCAGGGAUGUUCGGGAAGCCAAGCAGGGUGAAUUUGAUAAAUUGGUACAGAGUACCAUGACUGUUGAUGUCUAUGUGGCGAAAUUUAAUGAGUUGGUUAAGUUUGGAAACUAUAAGGGUAUGCUGCCGACUCCUGAGUCUUUAUCUGCUAAAUUCCAGAGGGGAUUAAAUGAGAAGAUAGCAAAGAGAAUGUCUAAUACUGCUGUAAGGAAUUUUGCUGAUUUUGUGACCCAAUGUAAGAGGGUUGAAACUGUUUAUGGCAGGUAUCCAAAUUCUAGUUCUUCGAGGGAGCAGGAAAAUAGGACAUCUCGUGCUUCUGGUAGUAAUAACAGAG